AAGAGGAGAGAGCGUGAAGGCGAGCAGUUGAACAAGGCUGCGGGUUGGACACUGCUGCCUCGCUUGAAGAGUCAGUGUGUGUGUGAGCAAAUACACGACGACUUCCUCAGCACCGGAGCACAGGGAAUCCUGUGAUAAACAAUCCUGCACUCAAGCUCAAAACUCCACUUUGGGGUUUUUUCUUUGAAGAAGAAGCCAUGAAGACGCCACUUUGGGUCCUUCUGUUGUUGAGUUUGUGUGUCCCGAGUCGUAGUGACUGCCAGGGAGAUUGUUUAACCUGCGCGCUUCUCCUGCCUCCACAGCAAAGUUUUAACACCCUUGUGUGUUUGCUGGAAUGUGAGGCGCAGACUUUCCCCGCCCAAACCUGGGAUCUCUGCUAUCAAGUAGUGGGUCUAAACCCAGCCUCACUGCCAUCACACGACUUCUCGAAGCGUACGGAAGACCAAGAAAAGCCUCUGGCCGUCGUGAAGAUGGAAGAUGAGGGCGUGGAAUACUCGGAAGCACUGGAGCGAUUCCGUCACAUGGCUCAGGCGCUCAACAGCCAAGAACCUUCUGAUGUGGCACAAAAAUCAGAUCAGUUUCCAGAAAACUAUGACAUGGGGCUCGACUCCCAGGUGGAGGAUGAAGAAGAUGAGCAAGAACGAGCGGACAAGAGGGAAGAGCAGGACCAAGAUGGCGAUGCCGCUCUCGAUCUGUCCAAACGCUUUGGCGGCUUUAUGAAAGGCCGUCACGGCUUCCGUAAGCUGGUGAGCUCCGGGAGACCCUUGCAGAAGCGCUACGGCGGCUUCAUCGGGAUCCGCAAGUCGGCCCGCAAGUGGAACAACCAGAAGCGUGUGAGCCAGCUGUUGAGGCAGUACCUGAGUCUCACCGCACGCACAGGCCGCUCAGGUCAAUUCGCCAACCUGUCUGCAGCUGCGGUCCGACAAAAAAACGAGGUUUAACCACCCUGAAGUAGGUGCUGAUCUCUUCUCUUACCUCCAUCAUGUACCACAUCCAAGAUGAGCUAAAAGAUAUUAACAAGAUUGCAUUGAUAUCCAAUGAGGAACGUUUUUUUUUGUCCGUUUGUUUGUUUCCACUAUCGAUAUUUCAAGCUCAUUGUGCUCACUAAUCAGUAAUCAGCAGGCUGUUGCUUUCCAGUUUCAGCUGCGGAGCUUGAGUUAUAACCUUGGCAGAAAAGAAGCGAUGCACUGAAUUUUACACUGAGCAUGUCCAUCAGUAUCAGCUCUGGAUGUAGGAGGAAUCGCAGAGCAGCGUGGUCCUUUGUCUGUACUUCGAAGUUGAUGUCAUGACGGGAAAAAGCACUUUAUCUAUUUUAUCAUUCGAUCUUGCACACUGUUGAUCGCACUUCAUCUGGGCUAAAUGCAAACGAGGAAGGAUUCAGGAUGGAUUUUUAUUCGAUUUAUUUUACAUGUAUCCUACAUUAUAUAUUUUAUUUAUUUAUUUAUUUAUAUUUAAAUCGAGUCACUACUCAUCAAGGACUUUUGGGUCACCUGCCGAAAUCCAAAUGGAUACUGAUCAUCAUAUAUAGUGUAUAACACAUGGAACAAAAUAUGAAUAAACAAAAAAUGAAUCAGUCGAAUCAUUUAAUUGUCCGACAUCAGCAGGUGGAAAAAUGCAGCUUUACAGUUCAUACUAGAAACACUGCUGUUAAUUACAUCGUGUGUCAGACAAGAUAUUACACGUCUGACCGAUUAGAUAUACAGUGUAAACACCUGUAACACACUGUGUGUCGAUUAAGGAGCUGUUUUAUUCACAUCAUCUUACAACUACAGUAUGAAUCUUUUGACCCUGGAAGAAAUGACAUUAAACCCAUAGAGUAAUACUGCCCUCUAAAGCUCACACAGACACACACACACACACACACACACACAAAACGCAAACACACGCACGCGCACUUUGAUUUAUUUAUUUUUUUUAUAUUUGAGUCCUGAUCUAGAUGGAGUUGUAGCAUAAACAUGAGCACACAGCAUGACCUCUGAGGUGAAUAAAAGCCUGCCCAGAGUCCAUUAGUAAAUAAAUCAAAUAAAAAAAAA